ACAGGGGCCAGGGGGGACCUUUGACGCGAGCGGCGGUCUUGAUUGUUGAAGGCCACUUGGCAGACGCCACUUGUCGCCAGUUCCCCGCUUCGGUUCUGCCCUGCCUUCCUUCAAUCCUUCCCCCUCCGGCCUUCCGAUUCGUCUCCUCCCCGGCCACCUUGCUGCCCCAGCCCAGAUGCCGCCGCUCCGCUACCGCUCGUGUCUCGUGCGGCGUUGCCUGUGUUCCAAUCGCGUUCGACGACCUACUAUACGCAGAGAGGAGCGGCGCGGGGCUGGAUCUCGCUUCUGCGGCCGUCGUCGGCGCCAACUGGGUUGACGUCCUCGGCAGGCAGGAGCUCGUUGGUGCCCAGCAUGGACAGGCGCCCUUCAGGGGGCUCCUCUCCUCCCAAGAGCGCUGUCGAAACCACCAUCAGAACCAACCCACCGACCUAGGGUUCAAUAAGGGAACUAGUCUCCCUUGACAACAAAUCGAUGGAGGUGGCGGCGGUGUCCGAGAUGCGGCUGCGUGGUCGAGGGCGAGGUAGAAUCUUUCCUUCUCCCGUUACCUGACUGGAUUUCACCGAACAGGUUGUCCUAGUAUAGGUGGCCGAUGCCAUCUAAUCUCUACAAGUUUGCAGAAGUGCAAUCUCUUCUCGGCUGAUCUGUUUGACAUAGGAUCUAUGCCACGUACAGUUCCGCUCCUCUGCAGUUCUUUAUCAGCACGAAAUUCCUCUCAACCUGAGCACCCCAUCUACAAUUAUGAGGAUUAUUGUGGGAAAGUUUGGAAACAUUGCAAAAACACAGCAAUGUCUAACUCUCCUUUCCAGUCUUUCGCACCAACAAAGGUUGGGCUUACUGGUUCGUCUUCCAUGCUUACUGAUUUUUGGCAAUCAGAAAAAGACUUCUGUGUGUCUCUUUCUGGCACACCAAACAAUCAGUUUGUAUGCUUCAACGGCCAUGGGGUCUCAUUUAACACUAGGAGGAACAAUUCACCAGCUCCUAAUGCGAUCUGCCUUGAGAAGAUCGGUAAUGGAACCUAUCUUAACAUGGUUGCUCACCCUGAUGGGUCUAGCAAAGCCUUCUUCUCCAGACAAGAUGGGAAGAUAUGGUUGGCCACAGUUCCUGAACAAGGAAUGGGAGAUGGCCUACAACUUGAUGAGACGAUCCCAUUUCUUGAUCUCUCAACUGAAGGUCACCUCAGUUCGGACCUUGGACUCGUGGGUGUGGCAUUUCAUCCCGAUUUUGUAAACAAUGGACGCUUCUUUGUUUCAUAUAUUUGUGAUGGAACUCAGUCAUCCAACUGUGCUGGUAGAUGUUCAUGUGAUUGUGAAGUGGGGUGCGACCCUUCAAAGCUCGGCUCUGAUAAUGGUGUUGACCCUUGCCGGUACAACCUACUUAUCUCAGAGUAUUUGGCAAAAGGGUCAUCAUCAACCUUUUCCGAGGCAACAUAUGCCGAUCCAUCUGAAGUUAGAAGGGUCUUUUCAAUGGGGUUGCCAUAUGUUUCUAACCAUGCGGGUCAGCUUCUUUUUGGACCUACUGAUGGAUACCUGUACUUCUUCACCGGAAAUGGUGGAAUUAGGGGUGACCCCUUCAACUUCUCCCUGAAUGAAAAAUCGCUUUUGGGAAAAAUCUUGAGGAUUGACAUUGAUGAGAUUCCAGAGAUGGAUGAAGUUGCUAACAAAAGCUUAUGGGGUAAUUAUACCAUUCCAAAGGACAAUCCCAAUUCUGAUGAUAGUAACUUAAGGCCAGAGAUUUGGGCCAUCGGUCUUGAAAACCCAUGGCGCUGCAGCUUUGACUCCUCAAGGCCUUUCCACUUGUACUGUGCAGACGAUGGCCAGGAACAAUACAAAGUGGUAGAUUUGAUAUCCAAGGGCGGAAACUAUGGGUGGAGUGGUGCGUAUGAUGGCCAGCAUGUUCAGUACCCACCGUGGGCAACUCAAGGAACCAAACUAACAAAUGGCACCACCUUCCCAAUAAUGGGCUAUAAGGUUCCUUCUACCGCCGAAUCAGCAUCGAUAGUUGGUGGGUAUGUGUACCGUGGGUCUGCCGACCCUUGCUUGUAUGGAAGGUACCUAUUUGCUGAUAUGUACUCAUCUGCCAUGUGGACUGGCACGGUUAACACCGAUGGCAGUGGUAAAUAUACCUCUGCUUCCAUCCCGUUGAGCUGUUCUGAGAAGACACCAUUUCCUUGCGAUGGGUCAACCAACAGCCUUCUCGGCCGAAUACUCUCGUUUGGUGAGGAUAACAAGCAAGAUGGCUUCUUCUUGGCAAGCCAGGGUGUCUACCGGAUUGUCCAGCCUAGCCUUUGCGGCUAUGCUUGUCUGACUGAUGCAACCUCGAAACAAGCGACAGCUUCUGUUUCCGGUGGUAGUCAUGGAUUGGCAACAAUUCUAAAAGUGCUGAUUGCUGUGGCGUCACUUUUCGGCGGAGGAGCUAGUAUUUAUUUUGUUUGGAAAUGUUUCUGCAAUAAUUCAGCCAUAUGCUGCAAUGACAUAGAGACUAUGCAGGUAACCAAUAACACCACCACGCGCGGAGAUAGACCUUUGGCGACUGCAACCAAACCUGGUGCUGUUGAAUUGGCUGUUACUAGGCCUUCAGAGCAUCGUGGUCGCUAGUUGCUUUGUCUUCACAUCGUGUGCUAGCUGUUGUGUUCAUUAAUGGAACCACACGUUGUAUAUAUUCCACUGGCCAGUUUUCUUUGAGUUCUUUCUACACUGUUUGCAAGAAACAUCUGAAGAGUUAUGUAACUAUAUAUGGAAGUUGAAAUAUGAACAUCAUACUUCAGUAUUUUAACGUCUUAAGACUUUCUGCCGUGGGUAAAACACGGUUCAAGUA